UGCGUCACCCGGUGUAGGGCAUCGGCAAGUCGAGUGUGGUAGAUGUAUAGACAGAAAUCGCACCAUGGACGGGCAGAGCAGAUCCAAAAAUAUUAGUUUCUCGUUAUCUGGGUGUGGAUUCCUUGGAAUCUAUCACAUCGGAGUUGCUUCCUGUCUCCAGAGACAUGUUCCACAAAUCGUGCAAGAAGCUAAUUUCGCGGGGGCCAGUGCCGGUGCCAUGAUCGCAUGUUGUGUUAUAUGUGAAGUGCCACUAGACCAGUGUGUAGACUUCACUUUGAGGCUGGCCCACAAAACAAGGAUGAGUGCCUUAGGAGCCUUCAACCCAUCCCUUAAUGUCACCGAAAUUUUGAGAGGUGCCUUGGAUGAAGUGCUUCCUCCUGAUGCCCAUGUGCGCUGUACAGACCGUCUUUUUGUCUCCAUCACAGAACUGCCAUUAUUAACCAAUCGAAUAAUCAGCAAAUUUCACUCCAGAGACCACUUAAUCCAUGUGCUGCUUAUGAGUGCCUUUGUUCCUGGAUUCAGUGGAUACUUUAAUCUUCCAUAUGAGAAUGGCAAGAUAUGUAUUGAUGGAGGCUUUUCGGUGAACAUACCAAUCCUUAAUAACAAAACAAUUGUAGUGUCCCCCUUUUCUGGAGAAAGCGACAUUUGUCCCAGCGAUUUUGAUGUAGCCAAUAUUGUCACCAUAGACCUGUCCUGCACAAGCAUGAAAGUCUCUGUCGCCAAUUUCUGUCGUAUUUUCGAUGCCCUGUUUCCACCUCCAUCAGAACAGCUGAAGGAAAUGUGCUGGCAAGGAUACAGUGAUGCCAUGCAGUACCUGAUAGACCACAAGAUGAUUUGCUGUCCAGAACACAUGAUGUAUGUCAAUCUUAUGCACAAUGCCCCACAUCACCAUGGUUCCUGUGAGGAGUGCCAGCAGACUGUAGUGUCUGCAGAGUUGGAUACAUACCUGCCCAAAGCAAUUAUUCACAUAUUGGAUAUAUACCACUGGAAGGAAUCAAGCAUUGCUUAUCGUAUCUUUUCCUCCUAUGCAUAUAAGGCCAUAGUCAUCAUCACAAAACCAUGGUUGUUUUGUGUAAAUGGCUGGUUCCGCGCAGCAUAUACAACAAUGACAAUGGUGCCUUUCAUGCCAAAAUCACUUUUAGACAGAGUGGGUGACAUGACAAGAAAUUUGACUGCAGAAGCUGUGUUGUUGAUGAUGGAGAAGGCUGUGAAGUUUUUGAUGAAGGCUUCCUUGUACCGUGCAACUGACUGGGUUUACUCUAAGUGUUCUGCUCAUCUGGCUGUGCAACUGACUGUUGAGCACUGCGAAGAUGAAAAGAUUCUUGCACAAGAUUUGCACGUUGCUGGCAAGGAUAAAGACAAACAGAUGGAGGCAGUCAAGGAUAAGCAUUAUGCAUCUGUCCUUACAGACAACAGAGCAUCUCAUCUGCAGGUUAUGGAACCUGAAACUGAUCCUUGUGUGGGGCAUGCUAAAGCUCCCGAAGAUGCACAUGACCAAGUUUGCUUGGCAGUGCCUCCUGUUGUUGUAGGUGACAUAGAAACAGAUACCAGCAGUGGUGCUACAUCUAUUUCUGUUCUGAGAAGUGACCAGGACAUUCAGUUUGGUCUGAAAGUGAAUUUCAAGACUCAAGUUGAACCCAGAGAUGGUGCAUAUGAAACGGAAAGCACUGUCGAAGCAUUAGAAGAUGUAUGCAUAGAGAGCUUGGUACUAGAACCUCCUGAAGCAACAAGUCCAGCCAGCAUUGUGGAGAAGGUAGAGCUGUCACUGCCUGCUCCUUUAAAUGACGAGCAGCAAAAAACUCCCCUUGAUGUCAAGGAGCUUUGUCCAGAAAGUCUGGACACAAUGCAAGCUUGCGUGGAAGCCUUCCAGGAAAUGGAGCUCAUUAUGAUCCUGCAUUACUUGGAUAAGAACCACAAAUGCAUGCUGAGGCUAUUUAUGGCCCAGCUCGCUGUGCUCCUUCUUCCCCUUCUCCCCCAGCUCCAUGGAAUCCAUGUCCUCAAGAAGAAUCAGUUCAUCUUGAGGAUCCCAUUGCUGAAGAACCAGCUGACAAUGAAGCAGAAGCAGAGUACCAGCAGCAGGAAGUCCUAGACAUGCCUCAGACCACAGCCACGCAGACUGAGGUUGUCCAGCAGGAACUUCAAGAGAUCAUUGCCGAGCUUGUGCAGAAGGAGAGAGAGAAUGAACAACAGUGGUGCAAAGUGCCCCAUGCUGAGCAUAAGAGUAGGCAUGAC